AUGAAGUUCCCUAUGUCUGCCUUCCUUGUGGGACUCGCCGCCAUCUCUGUGGCCGCCUCCCCUAUGCCUAUGGGAGAUAUCUCCAUGGCCGAUCCGAAGCUCGCCCGCGAUUGGGCUUCCUCCGUUGCUCAUGACCACCAAGUCGACUUUGUAGAGCCCGUUCAUGUCCAGGCCAGAGAAACUAUCGCGAACGCCGAUCUCGAGGCGCCUUCCGCUGGUCUGGGCAAGCGCGCUAAGAACUCCAAGUUCAAGAUCCAUGUCGUCAACGGCGCCUCCCGGGUACUCGGCAUCAUUAUCAUUGACUACACCAUCAACUCACGAUCUAAGGCGCCCGAGAACAUCUCGGCUUCCUUCAAUAAGCUCACUAACGUGAGGACGAAAGGGAAGAUUGUUGCCACCCACUUCCAGCAACGCGCACGCCCUCAAGCCACGCCGCAGCAUGCCGUGUUCGACUUUGCGACGGGAAUGGUUUCUGGAGUCAUUGACCUGACCUUAGAUGGUGCUGGUACCGUUACUGGUAUUGCCUCGUCGGCGGGCGUCCACCUCAGUGGCGCGGUUGUUGCUAGGAAACUUCUUGUCUUCAACGAAAACAAUGCCAAUAUUGGUUCUAUUAACCUCUAA